AUGCUUCGCUGGCAUACAACGGAGUGUCGGCGGCCAGACAUCAGCUCAAUUGACGGGAUCGUUUUUUGUUCUCGAUGCGGGCAGGAUUCGUCCAAUGUUACAUCUAAUCUGAACAGCGAACUAGCAGACCGCAUCGACAACCAGCCACAUACGCAGCGCCCUUUGACGUGGCCUGCUUCGGUCAAGUAUGUCUCGGCAAUAGAGGAAGGUUGGGAGGAGGAUAGGGCUGCAACUGUGCAACAAACCGAACAACAAUUAGAGCGUAGAAAGCACUCGUAUAGCCAUGUUGGCUAUGCACCAAUGCAUGGUGCUGGAAUCAUCCGCCUCCUACAAGUUGACCGACCGAGAGACGACGGCCUUCUGCAUGGAUCUCUAGAGGAAGCCCGAACUGGAGAGGGGAAGUACGAAGCGUUGUCUUACACCUGGGCAGAUGAAAGCGGAGACAGCAGUCGAUCCAAGAGCAUCUUUCUUGGAGACUGGUGGGAUAUUUUGCCUAUCACGGCAAACUGCGAAGCUGCUAUCCGCAAUCUGCAACGACGACACGAAUAUCGCCUUUUGAACGGCGCAGGCACCUUGACAGUCUGGAUCGACGCGAUCUGCGUAAAUCAAGACGAUAUGAAAGAAAGGUCACACCAAGUCGAGAUGAUGAGAGCGAUCUAUUCCGGCGCACGCCAUGUCAGCGUCUAUCUGGGCGAGGAUACGGGCAGCAGUGCUCACGCCAUUCAUACGCUGAACAAGUCUGACACUCAAGAUAUCGUGCAACUGCUAAGCAGCGAUAGGCAAGACAAAGAAAGCACUAUUCUCAAAGAAGCUAUUAGUGCUCUUUUCCGCAGGCGUUACUUCUCGCGAAUAUGGGUUAUACAGGAGGUACUGGCUGCCCGAGGGGUAAGAUUCUACUGUGGUGAGAACACAGUCAGUCCGAAAGCUUUUCGACCCGAGAUUCUCGAGACUCUCCACGCCAUGAAUCUCGGCCUUGUACCUCGAUGGGUUAGCUGGUCUUCAAAGCCUCUCCCGAGAAAACCCACCGAACUGUUUCAACUCUUCCGGAGUAGUUUGCUUUGUGGCGCGUCAGAUCCGCGGGACAAGGUCUUUGCCCUCCUGGGCCUGUAUCUAGGGGUGUUUCCGAUGGUUUGGUGCCCGACUACGAGUUAUCUCUGCGCGAGACAUAUAUUGGAAUUGCAGCAUAUCUUCUAUCUAGGAGAAUUAUGGAAGUCUUGGUCUUUGCAGUGGGUUCGUCUACCAUAUUUCCUUCCUGGGUUCCGGAUUGGAGGAGAUGCCAUGAGUCUUCUCCGUUAG